AUGGCAUCCCUUAUAAAUGAAGCCGCCUGGGUACAAAAUGCCAGUUCUCGACCAUUCCAGGUUGGACCAGGGCCAGCGCCAAAUCCCACUGAGAAUGAAGUCGUCAUAAAGGUUGCCUACGCAGCUGUCAAUCCUAUGGAUUGGAAGAUGCAGAAAAUGCGGCUCAACUAUCCCUUCAUCUUCGGCACUGAUGUUGCGGGCACUGUUGCGCAACUUGGAUCGAAGGUUACCCAGUUUGAGCUCGGUCAGCGGGUUAUUGGGCACUGCGAUGGAUUCCUCACACAAAAAUCAACUAAUACGGGGUACCAGCUUUAUAGCACCUGCAACGAGAACCUGGUAUCCCCAGUCCCAAUUUUAAUACCCUUGGCCAAUGCAGCCGUCCUCCCGAUCUCAGUUGAUACCGCCGCAACAGCCCUUUACAUCCACAUAGAGGUGCCAUUCCCUUCAUUGGUACCUGUACCCACCGGAAAGAAGAUUCUAAUCUGGGGAGGUGCUUCCUCGGUUAGUAGUUCGGCUAUCCAGCUCGCUGUUUUAUCUGGUCUUGAGGUCGUGACUACAGCGAGCAAGGCGAACCACGAGUAUGUGAAGAGUCUCGAUGCUUCCCAUGUUUUCGAUUAUAAGGAGACCACAUCUAUCGAGUAG